GCUCCCUGGUAACCGGCACAAGAAGGAUACUGAAAUUCGAAUGAGCUUUUAGCCUUAAGUUUUCCAGAUCUGCAGUCAUUACCUAAGACCAGAGAGGAGAUCGAAUGUCAAUUUGCUCUUGAGAUCAAAGUAAGGAUAUUGCACCUUGUGAUAUUGCAUCUUGUGAUAAACUCUUGUGAUUACCUAUUCUGCCUAAAUUGUUCAGGUUCGUCUCACUUUGUUUUGAAAUGACUCUUGUCUGUUUGUCAGAUUUUGAAGCAUAUGCUAAAAAGCAUCUUCCCAAGCCUAUCUGGGAUUAUUUUGCAGCAGGUGCUGAUGAAUGUUAUACGCGGGAUGACAAUCUCAUGGCAUAUAAAAGAAUCUAUCUGCGGCCACGUGUGCUGCGGGAUAUGUCGACAAUAGAUCCAAGGACCACGAUUCUUGGCUCUGAAAUUGACUUCCCAGUGGGGAUUGCUCCCACUGGCUUCCACGGUUUGGCCUGUCCUGAUGGAGAACAGAGCACAGCUCGAGCGGCAGAAGCUAUGAAUACCUGCUACAUAGCCAGCACUUAUUCCACUUUCUCUGUGGAAGAAAUUGUUGCUGCUGCACCUACUGGUUUACGGUGGUUCCAACUCUACCUCCAUCGGAACAGGAGGUUCUCAGAGCAGCUGGUACAACGGGUUAAUGCAUUGGGAUUCCAGGCCCUGGUGCUCACAGUUGACGUUCCCUAUGCUGGCAAGAGACGGAAUGAUAUUCGCAACAAUUACCAGUUCUUGAAAUCCAUUCAAGUGAAGAACUUUAAAGGAGCUUUUGAGGAUGAAGACCAGACUGAAUAUGGUCUGCCCCCUGGAUCCAUAGACCCGUCUAUCAAUUGGAAUGACAUCACCUGGCUACAAAGUCUGACCCAGCUGCCAAUCAUCAUCAAAGGGAUUCUGACAAAGGAAGAUGCUGAGCUAGCUGUGAGACAUGGGGUUCAAGGGAUUAUCGUAUCCAACCAUGGAGGAAGACAGCUAGAUGGAGUCCUUCCUACUAUUGCUACUCUGGGUGAAGUUACUACUGCAGUGCAAGGCAAAAUCGAAGUUUACUUGGAUGGUGGAAUACGAACGGGGAAUGAUGUAUUGAAAGCAUUGGCACUUGGAGCAAAAUGUGUCUUCAUCGGCAGACCCACAAUGUGGGGUUUGGCCUAUAAGGGUAAAGAAGGACUUCAAGAACUUUUGAAGAUUUUAAAAGAUGAAUUUUGUCUGUCAAUGGCUCUCACAGAUGCAUGUAAUUCCCUAACUUGGUUUGAUGCUUUAGUCACAGAUAUCUGGACACACCCGAUCCAACCGAUCACCGUGAUGGAAGACAAUGAAUCGGUGGUUUAUAUUUCUGAAUCUCAUUUCACAGGUUCUAGGUCCAGACACAUUGACAUUCGUUACCAAAACAUAAAGCAUUUAGUGAAAAAAGGUUUUGUCAAAAUGCAAUAUGUAUCUACACAUGAUCAAAUUGCUGAUAUGCUUAACAAACCACUUCCAGCAGCUCAACACGAGUAUCUGCGUGAGAAGAUGUGCCUUAUUUGAUGAUGUACUGAUAUUCGCUCAACUGGCAAAGAAGGGGAAUGUCACUGCGUUAUUUUAUUUACCAGCUGAGCUCAUUAUUUCUGGACUGUCAGACUCUCCGUAGCUUUGCCAACUUCUUAUCAGUAAGCUACGUGUUUCCGUAUCCACCCACAUUCCUUCACUUGCUCUUCACACACUUUUUCCUUUGUUCUCUUUCCAGCAAGGUCCGGCUGAUAUAGCCGGCAAGAAUUAUUUUCAAAAAUGUAACAAUUAACUUUUCUUAGUUAGUGAGGUGUUUUAUUUUCUUUAUAACAAAUAAAUGAGUUUUAUUAGAAACC